AUGAUUCAAAUAAAUCCAUCAUCAUCUCAUAUUAUUUCAAUUAUUGCUCAAGCAUUAGAAAAAUUACGUCAACAAUUUCAACGUCCAUGUCAAAUAAUUCUAUUUGAUGAAAAAGAACGAACUGUUCUAUUUGAACAAUUAACACUUGCAUCUGAUAAUGAACAAAUUGAACAAUGUCUUAUUUUAUUACAAUCAUCAGAAAAUGCUAUUUUAUUGAAUUAUCCACCUGAUAUUAUUCAAACGGAUCGUUUAUUUCGUUCACAUCCAUUAUCAAAUAUAUCAAAAGAUGAAAUAAAAAAAGAAUUAUAUGAACGUUAUGGUUCAUCAGAUAAUAAUAAUAAAAUAUCUACAAAAGCAGAAUUAAUUCAAGAAUUAAAACAAUUAAAUGAAAAAGAACAAGAAAAAGCAAGACAAACUCUUAUUGGAUUACCUUGUCUCAUUUGUUUACAUACAGCUAUUCGUCAAUCAUUUGUUGUUCCAAUACCAGGAUAUUUCGAUCUCGAAGAUUUGAAACGUUCAUUUAAAAUACCCUUAACUUCAUGUAGUCUCAAUGAAAUAUUUGAGUCUACUAACUCUGCAGAAAUUGCUAAUCGUGUUCAAGAACGUUUGAAUGUUCUUGCUCAUCUUUAUUUAAUUGUUCAACAUCGUCUUUCAGAAUCAAAUCUUCUUCAAUUAGAUGCUUGUUUAUUACCAAAUAUAACACCCAUAAAAAGUUCUCAUUUACAUAUUCGUCGUUUAAUUUUUUUACGACAAUAUGAAAUGUUACAUACAUUACGUUCAAUUCAAGAAACACGUUUUGAUUUAAAUGAACCACCUAUUCUUAUUCGAAUAUUAACUAAAAUACCUAUUGAUAAAUAUAAUAAUUUAUGGAAAUGUCAAAUUGAACGUGGUCAUGAAAUAAUUUCAAAAAAUUUAACUGAAAAUAUAACAAAUACAAAUAAUUUUCAUACAUAUCCAUAUUUAAUUUCAAAAGAUAAAUAUUCAAUUCGAACAUUUCCUGAUGCUAUUUAUAUGGAUUUAGCUAUUGAUGGAAUUCGUUCUCAUAUUAAACUUGAUCAAUGUGGUCUAGUUCAUGUUGAACAAAAAGAACAAGAAGACUCAAUAUUUAUUCGUAUUAAACUUUGUAAUUUUUCUCUUGAAAUUAAUCAUCAAUAUUAUUUAAGUGAACGUUAUAUAGAUUUUAAUACAAAGAAAGCUAUUCAAGCAUUAGAACAAACAACUCAAUUAACUAUACAAAUAUUAGAUGAUCCUAGACAAUUAAAAAAGUCUGAAUUAAUUCAAAAAACCAAUAAAAUAAUGCAACGAGAAAUAUCAAAUAUGUUUUCCAAACGAGAAUCAACAAUUAAACCUGAAGGUUUACAUAUGCUCAAUAAAGCACAACAACAAGCAUGUGAAAAAGUCAAAAAUGAACGUAUUACUCUCAUUUGGGGUCCACCGGGUACUGGCAAAACCUAUUGGUCAGGUGUUACUGUUUUUCAAAUGUUAAUGUUUUCAUCUUCACCAUUACAUGUAUUAAUUACAGCUUGUACACAUACAGCAAUCGAUAAUCUUCUAUCAUCAAUUAAUCAUUUGAAAAAUCUAUUUUCUUCAUCACCACAAUUUUCUCAAUGGUAUCAAUUAGCUCAAGAAUUAAUUGUAUUAAAAAUCGAAUCAAAUAAUUAUCGUACUCUUUCAUCUUCAUAUGGUAAACAUCAUCUAGUUGUUGGUUCAACAGUAUGGACAUUACAAAAACUUGAUCGUUCAAUUGUUUUUGAUAUUAUAUUUAUUGAUGAAGCAACACAAUUAUUAACAAGUGAUGCUAUAUUAGCUUUGAAUCGUUUAGUUGAUCAUCAAGAAUCACGAUUAAUUGUUGCAGGUGAUCCAUUACAAUUACCACCUAUUAAACGUUGUAUUUAUCCAUCUUUACCUCAUCCUAUACCUGAUUUAUUUUCAUCGAUUUUUCAUUGUUUAUUACGUGAUGAAAAUAAUUUUCCAAUAUCAUUACAUACUGAAAAACCAUUUGAACAAAUUUCACGUUGUCCAUAUUUAUCUAUUUUUAAUGAAAAUCAUCGUAUGAAUGAUCAAUUAUCAGAUUUUACUCGUCUUUUAUAUGGUGAAAAUUAUCGUCAAGGUCGUUCAAGACCUUUACUUUCUAUUAGUUCUAUUAAUGAUUCAAAUACAUAUCUUCUUGGUACACUUCUUAAACCUUCUAAUUCUCUUUAUACACUUCUUGUUGAUUCAUCAUCAUUUUCAACUCGUAGUGAAGAUCUUGAUCUUGAAUCACAACUUGUUUAUUCUCUUAUUAAUGAACUUGUUUUACGUAUAUCACUUUCAUCAAUAUUUAUUAUAACACCACAUCGUAUGCAACGUUCUUGUAUUCAACAAAAAUUUAAGAAUAAUCUAUUUUCAAAUAUUCAAAUAACAUGUGAUACAGUCGAAAGAAUGCAAGGUAAAGAAGCUCAAUGUGUUAUAAUUUGUAUGUUAUAUAGACAAAAUGAAAUACUUGAAAAUGAAUUAGAUUUUAUUUAUAAUCGACAAAGAAUUAAUGUUAGUAUAACACGUGCACAACAAUUAUGUAUUCUUAUAACAUCUCAAGUAUUAUUUAAUCAACCUCCAUUAGAAUUAUUUGUUAAUGAUAAUACAAGAAAUGCUUAUACUUUAUUAAAUAAUUAUAUUGAUAAAUCUACUGUACGAUUAUUAGAUAAUCAUGGUAAUAUUAAAUAA